AUGAAAUUCAAGCACCUCGCUUCGCUUGAUGCAACCGCCGACACUCGGCUCGCACCGUCUUGCCUACUGUUUAUCCCUGGAAUAGUGAAGUGCGCCUAUGUUCAAAUAAAAACAACAGUGCCGUCUUUUUUAAUAAUGGAGAAGUUUGAAUUUUCUUCACAAAGUGCAUCAACACCGCAAGAAAAGGUUGUAUUUUCAGGCCGUAUUUUCUAUAACGUUUAUAAAGAUGCAGAAUUUUUAAGAUAUACUGAAAAUAUAGACACAGUACUAUCUAAGAGUCAUGAGCUGAGACGAAAAUUGAAAGAUGUUGCUCCUGGUAAAAUACUCUUAAUUGACGGAAUGCGGCUGGAGAGGAAUACUCCAUUACUAGUGAAGAAAACGGGGCCAAAGGUAAAUGUGGAAAGUUUUGAGUUCACCGCAAAUAGACUUAGCGGAUUAGUUGCUGCAUACACUUUUGAAAACCGCCUCAGGUUGCCUGAUAUAAAGUCAAGUGAGGCCCUGUCACUAGGUCUCAAAUGGGAUAAUGGCAACACUGAGAAGUGUAAGCUUUAUUUGGCGGCCGUAAGCGGUUCAGAACAUUUCUACGAUCAAUUUUCUUACUGGCCGCUUAUUUGCGCAUUGAGAAAGCUGCAAAUGAAAAAGAUCACCGUCGAGCCCGUUGUGAAAAUGGCGAAAAUCAAGAACCAUGAGGGCGUGACAAUGGCUAAAGAUCUGACAAACAAUCUUGCAACGGUGUAUCGUCUUUGGCUGCAUUUUCCAGGUUGCUCCAAUGUUGACUACAAAAAAUUCAUACAAACUUGUCCCGAACAGCUAGCUAAUAUCUUUAGAGAUGAU